UUGUGUAGUAUGAUUAUGUGUCUGUGUGAAUGUCCACAGCAGACUGACGUUCUGUGUUCUCUGUCUUCAGUGAAGGAACCGUUCUGCAGUCAGUACCGCUGCGGUCCUCUGCUCGGCAGCGGGGGGUUCGGUUCUGUGUUUUCGGGCCAGAGGCUUUCUGAUGGACUGCAGGUUGCCAUUAAACAGAUUUCCAGUGACAGGGUUCAGCAGUGGGCCAGACUGCCCGGAGAGGCGGCUCCUGUUCCCAUGGAGAUCGCUCUGCUGCAGCAGCUGUCGGAGGUCGGAGGUCACGGGGCGGUGGUCCGCAUGCUGGACUGGUUCUGUGUGGAGGGGCGGGGCUUCCUGCUGGUGCUGGAGCGCCCCCCCCACUGCCAGGAUCUGUUCGACUUCAUCACGGAGAGAGGAGCGCUCCCUGAACGCCUCGCACUCAGGUUCUUCCGUCAGGUGGUGGAGGCCCUGCGGUUCCUUCACGCUCACGGCGUCGUGCACCGAGACAUCAAAGACGAGAACAUCGUGGUGGACACGAGGACGCUGGAAGUGAAGCUCAUCGACUUCGGGUCGGGGGCGCUGCUCAAAGAGACGCCGUACAGCGAGUUCGAAGGUACAGACUAAUAAAGCUUUUCAAAUCAAUGUAAGGACAAACACAUAUCAGAACACACUCUACAUUCUUGUGUGUGUUAUUUACAAGUGGAACAAAGUGCUUCAACAACACAUCACACAUUCAAGCAGAGAACAAGAAACUCCCAUCAGAAUCACAUUAGU